AUGUUGAACACGAAGCGUGUCAUGGUUUUGGCUCUUGUGGCACUUGUGACACUUGUGCUAGGCUUCGUCCCAGCUGUGGACGCUGACGAUGGCAAGGAAUGUGAAGUGUGUGUCAAGGUCAUUGAUGACUUGAAGGCUACGUACGAAGAGCUGGUGAAAGAAAAGCCUAAGGGAAAGAAGCAGGAUUUGGCUGAGACAGCUGUCACGAAGCUUUGUGGCAAGAAGCUUAGCAGCAAGGACAACAAGCUGUGCUACAAUUUAAAGCCACUUAAGAAAGAUGUGGCUCGUCAGGUGGCGUUUAAGAAAGAUUCACUGAAGAUCUGCAAGUUAUUGGAGAAGAAGAAUCCUGACUUUUGCUCGAUGCGAUACCCCGUCAAGACGGAUGCUAACACAGAUUACUCAAAGAUGCGUGUGAAGCAGCUUCGAAAGAUCUUAGCAGAGCGUGGUGUCGAGUGCAUUGGAUGCGUGGAGAAGGCGGACUAUAUUGCCAAGAUUAAGGACUCGGAAUUGCAUGCGGAAUUGUAA